AUGAAGGCUUUCAGAGGAGAGGAGAAAACAGGAGGAGAAGAGCCUGAAGAGGCGAAGGUAGAGACGCAGAAGAUGGCGAGUGGAGGAGAAAAUGGUGGAAUCGAAGAUAUUGAUAAGAGGAUGACAAGAAGGGACGUUGGAAGAGAAGAAGAGGAGAAGUGGAGGUGGAAGAGAAGAAGAGGGCAAGAAAGGAAGUUGGAAGAGAAGAAGGGGAGAAGGGGAGGUGGAAGAGAAGAAGAGGGCAAGAAAGGAAGAGAGGUGGAAGAGAAGAAAGAGAGGUCGAAGAGAAGGAGAGGUGGAAGAGAAGAAGGAGAGGUGGAAGAGAAGGAGAGAUGGAAGAGAAGAAGGGAUGGUGGAAGAGAAAAAGUGGAGGUAGAAAAGAAGAAGGUGAGGUGGAAGAGAAGAAGGAGAGGUGGAAGAGAAGGAAAGGUGGAAGAGAAGAAGGAGAGGUGGAAGAGAAGAAGGAGAGGUGGAAGAGAAGGAGAGGUGGAAGUGAAGAAGGGGUGGUGGAAGAGAAGGAGAGGUGGAAGAGAAGAAGGAGUGGUGGAAGAGAAGAAGGAGAGGUGGAAGAGAAGGAAAGGUGGAAGAGAAGAAGGGGAGGUGGAAGAGAAGGAGUGGAGGUGGAAGAGAAGAAGGAGAGGUGGAAGAGAAGAAGGAAAGGUGGAAGAGAAGAAGGAGAGGUGGAAGAGAAGGGGAGGUGGAGGAGAAGAAGGAGAGGUGGAAGAGAAGAAGAAGAGGUGGAAAAGAAGGGCAGGUGGAAGAGAAGAAGGAGAGGUGGAAGAGAAGAAGGGGAGGUGGAAGAGAAGAAGUGGAGGUGGAAGAGAAGAAGGAGAGGUGGAAGAGAAGAAGGAAAGGUGGAAGAGAAGAAGGAGAGGUGGAAGAGAAGGGGAGGUGGAGGAGAAGAAGGAGAGGUGGAAGAGAAGAAGAAGAGGUGGAAAAGAAGGGCAGGUGGAAGAGAAGAAGGAGAGGUGGAAGAGAAAAAGUGAAGGUGGAAGAGAAGAAGGGGGUUGGAAGAGAAGAAGGAGUGGUGGAAGAGAAGAAGGAGAGGUGGAAGAGAAGAAGGAGAGGUGGAAGAGAAGGGGAGGUGGAGGAGAAGAAGGAGAGGUGGAAGAGAAGGAGAGGCCGAAGAGAAGAAGGAGAGGUGGAAGAGAAAAAGUGGAUGUGGAAGAGAAGAAGGGGAGGUGGAAGAGAAGAAGGAGAGGUGGAAGAGAAGAAGGGGUGGUGGAAGAGAAGAAGGGGAGGUGGAAGAGAAGAAGGGGAGGUGGAAGAGAAGAAGGAGAGGUGGAAGAGAAGAAGGGGUGGUGGAAGAGAAGAAGGGGAGGUGGAAGAGAAGAAGGGGAGGUGGAAGAGAAGGAGAGGUGGAAGAGAAGGAGAGGUGGAAGAGAAGAAGGAGUGGUGGAAGAGAAGAAGGGGAGGCGGAAAGAAGAAGGAGAGAUGGAAGAGAAGAAGGGGUGUUGGAAGAGAAGAAGUGGAGGUGGAAGAGAAGAAGGGGAGGUGGAAGAGAAGAAGGAGAGGUGGAAGAGAAGAAGAAGAGGUGGAAGAGAAGAAGGAGAGGUGGAAGAGAAGAAGGGGUGGUGGAAGAGAAGAAGGGGAGGCGGAAAGAAGAAUGAGAGGUGGAAGAGAAGAAGGGGUGUUGGAAGAGAAGAAAUGGAGGUGGAAGAGAAGAAGGGGAGGUGGAAGAGAAGAAGGAGAGGUGGAAGAGAAGAAGGAGAGGUGGAAGAGAAGAAGGAGAGGUGGAAGAGAAGAAGGGGUGGUGGAAGAGAAGAAGGGGUGGUGGAAGAGAAGGAGAGGUGGAAGAGAAGAAGGAGAGAUGAAAGAGAAGAGGAGGUAGAAGAGCAGAAGGGAAGGUGGAGGAGAAGAAGGAGGCAAGAAGGGGAUGUUGAAGAAGAAGGGGAGGUAGAAGAGAAGGGAGGUGGAAGAGAAGAAGGGGGUGGAAGGGGAGGAGAAGAAGUAGGCAAUUAG